AUUCAUCUAAACACAUUUUGACUAAUUGCAUUGUAACAAAAAAAUAUGUCUUCAUCAAACAUCCCUCAUGUGGUGUUUCAAUCUUCUUUGAACCAUCACAAGAUGCCUGUGAUUGGAUUUGGCACUGCUUCAACAUCUUCCCCUAUUGACACCAAAGAGGCAGUGUUAGAAGCUAUCAAAUUAGGUUACAGACACUUUGAUACUGCUUCAAUAUAUGGCUCUGAAAAAUUCCUUGGAGAAGCCAUAGCUGAAGCACUCCAACUUGACCUCAUAGCUUCCAGAGACGAACUCUUUAUCACAUCCAAACUCUGGUGCACUGAUAACUUUCCUCAUCUUAUUAUUCCGGCCAUCCACAAAAUGCUUCAGUGUCUGAAGUUGGAAUAUCUGGAUCUUUACUUAAUUCACUGGCCCAUUUCUGUGAAUCCUGGAACUUUGGAUUUUCCUUUCCCGGAAGAGGCCCUAGCAUCAUUUGACUUAAAGGGCGUGUGGCAAGCAAUGGAGGAGUGCCAAAAGCAAGGCCUUACCAAAUUCAUUGGAGUCAGCAAUUUCAGUUGUCAUAAGCUUGAAAAUCUUCUCUCUUUUGCUACUAUUCCUCCUUCUGUCAAUCAAGUUGAGUUGAAUCCUGCUUGGCAACAAAAGAAGUUGAGAGAAUUCUGCCAAAAAAAGGGUAUAAUUGUAACUGCGUACAGUCCUUUGGGAUCGGUAGGAAGCUUUUGGGGUUCCAAUAAAGUCAUGGACAACGAAUUGCUCAAGCAAAUUGGAAAAGCUCAUGGCAAAUCUGUUGCUCAGGUAUCUCUUAGAUGGUUGUACGAGGUAGGGGUAAUUACCGUGGUUAAAAGCUACAACAAGGAGAGGAUGAAACAAAAUUUGGAAAUAUUUGAUUGGUCAUUAACAAAAGAGGACUAUGAAAAAAUUGAUGAAAUCAAACAGAGUAGGACCUUCAACCUUGGGCCAAAUCUUUGGGAUGAAGAAGAUUAA